CUAUUUGUUCACAACCUUCCGACGUACAUACUCAAGAUCACCACGUUUAUUCAUGUGAGACAUCUCAGGCAUAAUUUCCUUGGCCUGGAACCACCCUCGACUACCUAUUGCGGCAAAAUACAUUUCUACUCUUCCCUGUCGCUAAGAAAAGACCAUCAACGACGGGCAAGAAAAUAAGACACCAGCAAAAUGACGUCCUACCAUGCAGACUUUCCAGGCUAUACGGCCUAUCCGCGCUAUUUUUGUCCAUGUGGAGGACCAUUGGAUAUACGAUACCAAUACCCGUACCAACCUCCACCGGAAUUUGAUCUCGUCGGCGGAUACUGCCAUGCCUGCCAUAGACAAAUUCCUCAUCAUCGGAUGAUACUUAGUGAUCAUAUGCCAUAUCCUGCGUCAUAUAGCCGUAAUCCCUGGUACAUAGAUAAUGGUUAUUAUCACGCCGGCCCCGAGGCUUACACUUGGGGACCACAACACCAGCUUUACCAGCACCCCGGUAUACCACCACGUGUCAGUCAUACAUACCACUCCCCCACGGCACACGGGUCUCUCUAUACGCAGCAUCCAUACUUCACCUCCAACACGAGUCACUACCAAAAUGGGUAUGAGGUACCUCGUAGCACAGGACCCAGGCAGCAAUGGUCUACCGACCGCAGCGAAAAUCCUAGACUCCUGCUUAGCGAGGAAAAUCUGGCACGCAGAAGGUCACUGGAGCGUAGAAGGGAGCGUAGUUAUUCAUGGGAAAGAUCCGGUGGCCCCCAGUCCGUUGACGAUCCCACAAAUUGGGCUAAUAGCAUAUGUGAUAGUGUCUGGUCGACACAGACAACUGCUGGAUAUCAUCAGAGUAGUAGCGAAUUCAGCAGUACUAUCAAUCGCACACCCUCGCCAGAACCCGACGAGGAGAAUAUCGGUGCUGGUUAUCCUUGCGAGACAGAGGAUAGACAGGAUGACGCGGUGGAAGGGGACGACGAAGAAGAGCCUUUUACAGUGGCAAGGGAUGGUACGCUCGUUCUACUCGGCGACCAGUGGCAAGUGCCGUCCCCCACUGCAGCAAGAAGUGAAGCUGGCAACCCUGUGGGAUACUGUGAUAUCACCUCGACCCACCAGAUAAUUGAUGAGGACGGAAAUAUAACUGAAGUCGACAUCAAGGAGAAGAACUGCAAAGUAUCACGCACUAUGUCGGGCGGGCUCGCGGAUUAAAGUCUUGGUGUGUUGCUGUUGCUGUUGCGUAAUGUUUAAUUUGGUCCCGAGAAAAGGAGAGCGGAGGAAGGAAGGGGAAUAUGUUCGUGUUUGGACUGUACUGGUUGGCCCCGAGGGUCAUCAAUAUCUGACUUGGCUAGAUCUGAAGGCUGGUUUUUUUUUUUUGGCCCAGAUUCUUGCCAGAUACGAUUGCGACGAGAUACCCGUCUGCUAUGUAUGUAUGUAUGUAUAAUGGACUAUGAGGUCUUUAUACGAGCAUGACAUUCUCAUUGGAACAAAGAGUUUAGCAAAUGGCCUG